AUGGUACAAUUGAUAACAAAUGUUGGGAUCAUACAACAAAAUGGAAAUUAUAAGGUGAGUUCAGGUUAUAGAAUGGCUAUUGAGGAUCCUCCGGAAGAGCCAGAGCUGGAAGAUCAGGAAGAAGACUCGGGCCCUAGUAUUGUAGCCUGCAACUGGGAAUCCCUAUGGAAGACUCUGGUCACUCCCAAGAUACGAUAUUUCCUCUAG